UAUUUUAGUUUUAUAUUUAUAUUCUGAGUCAUUUCCGAGUAUCUUUUAUAUAUCUAUAUUAUUAUACGUUUUCGUUUCUAUUCUAUUCUUUUAGUUUUUAGUUUUCAAUUUUCAGUUUUCAGUAUUGUCGAAAUAAUUCAACAUUAUGUCACAUUUACUGGUAUUAACUAAUUCAACAGUACCUACUUGUGAAUCAUUUUGGUAUUAUGAAGAUAUAACAAGAUGUGGUAGAGAUCAAUUAGAUAGUAUACCUCCUAUAGUUAUUGGAAGUAUUUCAUUAUCUAUAUUAACUAUAAAAUCAUUAAUAUCAUUAUAUAAAAGAAGAAGUCGAAAUCAAGUUCAACUUGAACCAAAUGAAACUCGACCUUUAUUAGCAACUAAUGAUGUUUAUGGAUCAAUAAUUAAUUCAGAUAAUAUUAAAGAAAAUGAAGUAUCAUUAAAGAGUCGUCAUUUUGAUUUAGUUAGAUUACCUGAUACAAAUGAAGAUGGUACACCUCAUGGUAAAGUUACUUUAGUAUAUAAGGACGCGUAUGAAAGAUUAAGAGUAGCAUUUGAAUACUUUUUAAUUAUAAUUCAACUUGCAUUAUCAUUAUCAUUAUUUAUUAUAAAAGAUGCAAUAAAAGAAUUUCAAAAUACUCCUUAUAUCCCAAUUAUUAAAUCAAUAUUUUGGUUUUAUUUAUUCAUUAUUUGUACUAUAAGAAUUAUAAAUUUAAGAAAAGUUAAUAUUAGUUUACCAAAUUUAUGGAUUCAUUCAACUACAUUAUAUUUUUUUAAUAUUUUCCCAUUAUUAUUUACUUUUAGAUCAGCUUUACUUUCAACUUUUAUAAAUUCAACAUUUAUUCGUAAUUAUUAUAUUGGACAAUUUAUUAUAUCUGCUAUAUUAUUAUAUCUUAAUUUUACAGCUAAAAUUGCUGAUAAACCUUCUGUUCUUUAUGAACCAAGUAAUGGAGCAACUCCAUCUCCUGAAAAUAUUACUUCAAUUAUAUCAUUUAUAACUUAUUCAUGGUUAGAUAAAAUGAUUUGGAAAUCUUAUAAACAACCAUUAAAAAUGGCAGAUAUUUGGGGUUUACGUGAAGAUGAUUAUGCUUUACAUAUUUUAAAAGCUUUUGAAGCUUCUAAAUCAACUGCUAAAUUUACAGUAAAGAUUUUUACUCAUUUUAAAUGGUUAUUUGCUCUUCAAGCAUUUUGGGCUAUUUUAGAAUCAAUGUUAGUAUUUGGUCCUUCAUUAUUAUUAAAGAAAGUUUUAGAAUAUGUUCAAGAUCCUACUUCAACUCCAGCAUCAAUUGCUUGGGGAUUUGUACUUUUAAUGCCAAUUGCUAAAGUAGUUGAUUCACUUGCAUCUGGUUGUUCACUUUUUAUUGGUAGAAGAGUUUGUCUUAGAAUGAAAGCAAUUAUUAUUGGAGAAGUUUAUGCCAAAGCAUUAAGAAGAAAAAUUACUGUUACUGAAUCAGGUGAUGGAGCCAGUGAUAGUGAUGAUGAUCUUAAAGAUUCUAAUGAUAAAUCAAAGGAUAAAAAGGAAAAUAAAAAGACUGCUGAAUUAGGUACUAUUAUUAAUUUAAUGGCAAUUGAUGCAUUUAAAGUUUCUGAAAUUUGUGGUUAUUUACAUUAUUUUGUAGGAGCUUUAUUAAUGAUUGUAUUUUGUAUAACAUUUUUAUAUCAAUUAUUAGGUUGGUCUGCAUUAGUUGGUUCAAUAUCAGUUAUACUUUUAUUACCAGUUAAUUAUAGAGUUGCAAGAUGGUUAUCACUUUUACAAAAGGAAAUGUUAGGAGUUACCGAUAAAAGAAUUCAAAAAUUAAAUGAAACUUUUCAAAGUAUUCGAAUUAUAAAAUUUUUUGCUUGGGAAGAUAAAUUUUUUGAAAAUGUUAUGGGAAUUAGACAUGAAGAAUUAUAUCUUUUAAAGAAGAGAUCAUUAGUUUGGGCACUUGGAGGAUUUGUUUGGUAUAUAACUCCAACCACUAUAACUUUAUUAUCAUUUUAUUGUUAUACAAUUAUUCAAGGUAAUACAUUAACUGCUCCAAUUGCCUUUACUGCAUUAUCAUUAUUUACUUUAUUAAGAUCUCCAUUAGAUCAAUUAUCUGAUAUGACAUCAUUUGUAGUUCAAUCUAAAGUAUCACUUGAUAGAGUUACUGAAUUUUUAGAUGAAGAAGAAACAGCAAAAUAUGAUCAAUUAGGUAAAACUCCAGGACCAAAUUCUCCAUAUAUUGGUUUUGAAAAUGCCACAUUAUCAUGGAAUUCAUCAUCUGAAGCUGAUUUUAAAUUAAGAGAUAUUAGUAUUGAAUUUAAACCAGAAAAAUUAAAUGUAAUUAUUGGACCUACUGGGGCUGGUAAAACUUCAUUAUUAUUAGGUUUAUUAGGUGAAAUGGAUUUAUUACAUGGUAAUAUUUUUCUUCCUGGUAUAAUUCCAAGAGAUGAAUUAAUUAUUGAUCCUCAAACUGGUUUAACUGAAUCAGUGGCUUAUUGUUCUCAAUCAGCUUGGUUAUUAAAUGAUACUAUUAGAAAUAAUAUAACUUUUGGAGCUCCAUUUAAUCAAGAAAGAUAUGAUAAAGUAGUUGAAGCUUGUGGAUUAAAACGUGAUUUUGAAAUUUUAAGUGCUGGAGAUUCUACUGAAAUUGGAGAAAAGGGAAUUACAUUAUCUGGAGGUCAAAAGCAAAGAGUUUCAUUGGCUAGAGCUUUAUAUUCUAAUUCCAAACAUCUUUUAUUAGAUGAUUGUUUAUCGGCCGUUGAUUCUCAUACUGCUUUAUGGAUUUAUGAAAAUUGUAUUUCUGGACCUUUAAUGAAUGGUAGAACAUGUAUUUUAGUAUCUCAUAAUGUAGCAUUAACAGUUCAAAAUGCGGCUUGGGUUAUUGUUAUGGAAAAUGGUCGAGUUAAAACUCAAGGUAUUCCUGAAGAAUUAUUACGUGAUGGACAUCUUGGUGAUGAUGAUUUAGUUAAAUCAACUGUAUUAAGUUCAAGAAAUCAAUCUACUACUAAUUUACAAAGUUUAGAAGAUAAAAAUAUUGAUUUAAAGGCUAAAGCUGCUGCUCUUGAUACUAAAUUAAAGGCUCUUGGAGGUGAAGAAGAAGAAGAUAUUAAGAAAACUGAUGGGAAAUUAGUUGAAGAAGAAUCUAAAUCAGAUGGAGUAGUUGGUUCAAAAGUUUACCUUGAUUAUGCUAAAUUAUUUGGUGGAUUCCCUACUUGGUCAAUUGUUCUCUUUUCUUUCUUCCUUUCUCAAGGGGUAUUUAUGACUCAAUCUUGGUGGUUAAGAAAUUGGUCUAUUCAUAGUGAACAUGAAGCAGCAGAAAUUGUUUCAACUAUUGCUUUAACUGGUAUAUCAAAUAUUUAUGAUUCUACACAAUUUAAACAAAAUAUCUUUGUUCGUACAUUUACUGGUGCAACUACUUUAAUAUCUACUGCUUAUACUACAGUUCAUACUUAUAAAGAAGAUAAUUCAACUAUGUAUUAUAUUACAAUUUAUGGAUUAAUUGGAGUUUGUUCAGCAUUAACUGCAUCCUUUAGAGUAUUUAUUACUUUCUUUGCUGGGAUUAGAGCUUCUAAUAGAAUCUUUAAGAAUGUAUUAACUAAGAUUUUAAGAGCUAAAUUAAGAUUCUUUGAUAAAACUCCUCAAGGUCGUAUUAUGAAUAGAUUUUCAAAGGAUAUUGAAGCUGUUGAUCAAGAAGUUACACCAUUUGCUGAAGGAGUAUUUAUUUGUUUUGUUCAAUGUUUAUCUACUUUAGUAUUAAUUACUUUUAUAACUCCUGGUUUCUUAAUAUUUGCUGUCAUUGUGGCUUUCUUAUAUUAUUUGGUUGGAUUAUUUUAUCUUUCACUUUCAAGAGAAUUGAAAAGAUUUGAAUCAAUUACAAAAUCUCCAAUUCAUCAACAUUUCUCUGAAUCUUUAAAUGGUGUAGCUACUAUUAGAGCUUAUGGUAUUGAAUCAAGAUUUAUGAAACAAAAUUUAAAUGCUAUUGAUCAAAAUAAUCGUCCAUUCUUUUAUUUAUGGGUAGCUAAUAGAUGGUUAUCAUUUAGAGUUGAUGCUGUUGGUUCAAUGGUUAUGUUAUUUGCUGGUAUUUUUGUUUUACUUUCAAUUGGUAGAAUUGAUACUGGUUUAGCAGGAUUAUCAUUAUCUUAUGCUAUUGCCUUUUCUGAAAGUGCUUUAUGGAUUGUUCGUCUUUAUGCUAAUGUUGAAAUGAAUAUGAAUUCAGUUGAACGUCUUCAAGAAUAUCUUGAAGUUGAACAAGAACCAGCUUAUGAAAUUAAAGAAACUCAACCUCCAGCUUCAUGGCCUCAAACUGGUAGAAUUAAUGUUAAUGAUGUUUCUUUAAGAUAUUCACCAGAAUUACCAAGAGUUAUUAAAAAUGUUACUUUUGAAGUUGAACCAAAUAAUAAAGUUGGGAUUGUUGGACGUACUGGUGCAGGUAAAUCAACUAUUAUUACUGCAUUUUUCCGAUUCUUAGAUCCAGAAACUGGUUCUAUUACAAUUGAUGGAAUUGAUAUUACAAGUAUUGGACUUAAGAAUUUAAGACAAGCCAUUACAAUUAUUCCUCAAGAUCCAACAUUAUUUACUGGUACUAUUAGAUCUAAUUUAGAUCCAUUUGAUGAAUAUACUGAUGCUGAAAUCUUUGAAGCAUUAAAGAGAGUUAAUUUAUUAAAAUCUCAAGAAGAUAUUGCAGGAGAAAAUCAAAAUAAAUUUUCUAAUUUAUCUAAUACAAUUACUGAAGGUGGAGGUAAUUUAUCUCAAGGUGAAAGACAAUUAGUUUGUUUAGGUAGAUCAUUACUUAAAAAUCCUAAAGUUAUUUUACUUGAUGAAGCUACAAGUUCAAUUGAUUAUAAUUCUGAUGCUAUGAUUCAAAGAACUAUUAGAGAUGAAUUUUCUAAUUCUACAAUUUUAACUAUUGCUCAUAGAUUAAGAACUAUUAUUGAUUAUGAUAAAAUUUUAGUUAUGGAUGCAGGUAGAGUCGUUGAAUAUGAUAAUCCAUAUGUAUUGAUUGCAAAUAAGGAUACUACCUUUUAUAGUAUGUGUGAAAACUCGGGUGAAUUAGAUACUUUAAUUAAAUUAGCCAAAGAAGCAUAUGUCAAGAAAAAGAAUCAAACCAUUGGUUCUAAUUAGAAGAUGCACCCAU